CGCAUGCGUACUCCGGCAUACCGGUUAGAAAACAAUGGAGUCAGACGUACACACCGGACUGUCUUAAAUAACGGAAUCAAAAAGCACUUUUAUUUACCAGUAUUAUAAAAUAACAGCGGAGGUUAAACUCAGGAAACUGUGACACCGUCUACAAAUGAUUAAACUUUAAAGAAAUACUGCUUAAUAUUGAAAUAGUGUUGAGUAACCGAGUUCCCCUGCUGUGUCUGAUUGUCCUCUGAAGUCCUUCUGCGUCUUUGUCUGUGAAAUAAGAGUAAAAGGUAACCGCAGAGGAAGAUGUCAGAGGUCAACGUACCGAAGCGCAAGGAGAAGUGUGAGAACUGCACCAAACAGUGCAACAAGAAGCAGAGUGAAGAUGGUGCCGACUCACACCUGGAGACAGAGGAAGUCAAUGGACAGUUCCCUGAAGAAUCCCCCCUGCUGCUCAGCUCCUGUCUGUCCUGUGACGGCUGUCUGUCGGAGGAGGAGAGUCUGAAGAUCUCUCAGCAGAACCUGGAGGAGCUGGAGCGAGUGCUGGCGCUCAACAAGAAGUGUGACGUGUCGAAGCGACGGGUCCUGGUCGCCUCGGUGUGUCCGCAGUCUCUGCCUUUCUUCGCUGUGAAGUUCGGAGUGGACAUCACAGAGGCAGCGCACAAACUCUGCGGCUUCCUCAAGAGUUUAGGAGUGCACUUUGUGUUGGACAGCACUCUGGCUGCAGGCUUCAGUAUCUUAGAGAGUCAGAAGGAGUUUGUUCAGAGGUUUCGCCGGAGGAACCAAGACUCCACCGCUCUGCCCAUGUUCACCUCCUCCUGCCCGGGGUGGAUCCGGUACUCGGAGCGUGUUCUGGGCAGUCUGGUGACUCCUCAUAUCUGCACAGCCAGGUCUCCUCAGCAGAUUAUGGGAUGUCUGGUCAAAGACUUCUUCUCCAAACAGCAGAAGCUGAGUCCAGAGAAGGUGUUUCAUGUGUUGGUGGCUCCGUGUUUCGAUAAGAAGCUGGAGGCCGUGAGAGAGGAGUUCUACAACGGCCUGCUGGAGAGCCGCGACGUGGACUGUGUCCUCACCUCAGGGGAGAUCUAUCACCUGAUGGAGCAGAGGAAGGUGUCGGUGGAGGAGCUGGACUCAGUUCCACUGGACCACGUGCUGGGUGAGGCUGGAGACGCGGCGUUGCUGAGGCACGAGGGCCGAGGAUCUGAAGGAUUUCUGGAGCACGUUUUCAAACACGCUGCGAAAGAACUGUUCGGUCUGGAGGUUCAGGAGAUCACGUACAAGUCUCUGAGGAACAGAGACUUCCAGGAGGUGACUCUGGAGCGCGACGGGGAAACUUUGCUGCAGUUUGCGGCGGUUUACGGCUUCAGGAACAUCCAGACUCUGGUUCACCGCAUGAGGAAGGGCCGCGUUCCCUACCAGCUGGUGGAGGUGCUGUCCUGCCCCGGAGGGUGUCUGAGCGGCCGGGGUCAGGCUGAGAGUGAUGGGGGGGGCCGUGUGGAUAAAGCUCUGGUGCAGCAGAUGGAGGACGCCUACAGCAGCCUGCCGGUCCGCCUGCCCGAGCUGAACCCCGUCCUGCAGACUCUGUACCGGGAGUGGCUGCAGGGCCACGACUCGACACACACACACACACUGCUUCACACACACUACAGCAGCCAGACACACACACAACCCCCACACAUGCAGUGGUGAGGAGGAGGAAGAUGGACCAUGUUAUCAUGAAGAACAAAGUGUCGGAGCAGGAAGCAGUUCCUCCGUUAGGACACUAGGGGGAGACGUCUGUGUUUAAAAAAACAUGGAGGAUUAAACUGUGCCAAAACCUGAGGAGGAACGAGGGUCCGGAGAACCAGAAAAUACUCUUAGAGAAGAUCAAUGAGGUGCAGGAGGGAAGAGGAGGUGCAUUUACAGAGCAAUAAACAGCUGAGGGGGAAAUCAAGGCGUUUAGGGCCGGGCAAUAUGGAGUACAGCUGAACAAUUAGUUGGCAUUUCAUGGAAAAUGCAAUUUGGACUAGUUUUAUAUCCACAUUUCAGGAUGCACAAUAUUUGUUAAAGGGUAAAUAUGUGUAGAAAUGUAAUUGAAGUAUUGUGGGGCUGCACCAUGAUACAUUUAAUAUACUUUCCAACCUCAAAAAUGACCCCUCCGCAAUUGCAGCAUCACUCAAAUCGUGCUGCUUUAACAUUUACUAUAUCAAAUAUCACUAUUCUUUUUUGACCAAAUAGCUCGAUGCCAGAAUAUAAAAAUAUUUACACAAUUAGAUUAAAGCUAAAACAUCAAUCAUGUGGAUAAAAUGACUUUGAAGACAAUAAACAAAUGACUGCAAAGCAGCCUGUAAACAAGAGACAUGUUAUUUUAAAUGACAGAAUAUGGAUCUAUAUUGCCCGGCCCAUAAAUGAUGGAUGCUGAAUGUUCAUUUUUGAGUAUUUCACAUCCAAGUAUUCCGAUGUAAAUCAUGUUGUUGUUCCUCGCUGAAAGAUAAUAACUAUGCAACAGAGUGAUGCUCAUCUCACCGUCUCUCAAACAUCCGUCCAGACAGAAUAAGAGCCUUUAUUAUUGCUGUGAAAUGGACUCCAUUCUCACUCUGUUUUCAUUCCACAAACGAGUGUUUUUUAAGUUAUUUGUUUCUGUGUUUUUGUCCUUUUUUGUUUUACAGAGAUCAAACGUGUAAAGCACUAAAGUGUUCUGACAAACCAA